AUGUCCCAUAUCCGUCACUGUCCAGAGUUCCAGCUCGCUCGCUCGGAUUCAAAAAACCCAGCAACGACCUGCCAAGGGCUGACUGCUGAUGGCCGAAGAUGCCGACGAACAGUGAUACCUACUGCGUCGAGCAAGCAAGAUGACUCUCAACGACGAAGAGAUGGUGAUAGUAGAGGAGAUCACAUCACGAUAGAGACGCCGGGCGGCUUGUUUUGCUGGCAACAUAAGACUCAAGGUGAAGCAUUGUCACUUUCGAGGCCGAGACCAUCCAGACUACUAAGACCACGAUCCAGUCUGGAUACGCUCAUCGAACGCGUGGGCAAGCUGUCUGUGGAUGAAGUGCACUCUGUACGCGGUAGUGCUGGCGUUUCGGAGGUCAAUGUUGAUCGAAAUGGAGCGUCUGGCCGUCGCUCGGCAGAUGGAUCAUAUAGAAGGACAGAGCAGGUGGCUGGUAUAGCUACGCUUCAUGUUCCAAAGGCCCCAAAGAAGAAGCCAAAGCAGCGCAUGAAGUUUGUCUGUUUCUUUGCCCCCCUUGAUAGCGAUGAUGAGCAUCAUUCUGUCCCCAGGAGAAGCUCGCAUGUCCGGCCCGCGCCAAAUCUGGGUGAUCCGGUUCCACAACCGCUGCCGAACGGUAGUGGGCGCCGACAUGCUAGACCAGAUCAUGAACGGGACUCCUACCGUCAUAAUAGAUCUAGCUGGGCAGAAUACACCCCGUCUAGGAGGAAGCAGCUUCUGCCCACUGUCGAGGAGCCUUCGCCUUCCAACAAUCAACCACUUCGCCAUUCACUUUCUGCCAGACGCGGCCCAUCACAGACAGAAUACCUUCUCUCUUGGAUUCCAUCAAGUCUAUCACCCGACACAACAUCAAAACUACUUCAGCGACUCGCAGAGCCUCCGUCACCCGCCGAUGAAGCGGGAUAUAUCUAUAUAUACUGCGUGACACCUAGAGACUCCCAGCCUCAAGCAGACGCAACUGCUUCUUUAAUACCGUCGUCUCCCGAUAGACAUGAAGCCAGAAGGAGACGAACAAGUGACAUCAUGUCCUCUGCCGGCAUUGCUCCUACGUCCCGCAUCACAAGACACGACCCAGCCGGCAGACGAACUGCAACCACCAUAACCCUGAAGAUAGGUCGUGCAGUCAACGUCUGUCGUCGACUGACCCAGCAAUGCUCCCAUAACCUAACGCUUAUCCGAUACUAUCCCUACCACCCUUCAUCUGGGGCAGCGUCCUUGGAUCUUCCACAGAAGGCUCCAAAUGUGCAUAGACUAGAGCGAUUAGUGCACCUUGAACUGGCUGACAUCCGAGUAAAACCUGGUCAACCGUGUGAGGAGUGUGGGAGGAAACACCAAGAGUAUUUCGAGGUUGAGGCGAGCAGAGAGCAGCUCAGGAGGGUGGACGAGUGCGUUAGGAGAUGGGUUGAAUAUAGCCAGCUCAACCCAACGAGCUGA